AUGGCCGGCCAAAUCGUAGCCAGAAUUCUCUUCACUAUACUCCCCUUUCUUGCCGAAGCCUUAAAAGUAUCACAUGACAUUCUUACAGCUGAUAUUUUUGAAGAACAGCCUAUUGGUUCACAGGUGAUUGACAUUGCUCAAGAACUGGAAUUGUCUGUUGACAAAGGUUAUGUCCCUGCUAGUCCUCAUAUUGCCUCAAGUUUCAAAAUUGUUGUCGCCAAUUCAGUGAUCAGUGACUACUUUGGAAUUUCUCAAAACAGUGGAAGGGUUUCAUUGAAAAAGCACCUUGAUCGAGACACACUAUGCCAUAAUGAGCGCAUCUGUUGCCCAGGAGAAGACGAAAGAAUUUCUAACCGAGUUGCAAUGCCAGAUGGAAGUUUAUUUCUACGUACGGCCGAAAAAUGUCAGGUCUCAUUCCGCGUCGUUUAUGACAUCGUUGAAAACACAACUGAAUUGGAAGAAGUCAGGGUAGCUUUUUGUUCUGUCGAUAUUAAUAUCCUCGACAUAAACGACUGUGCGCCCAGAUUUUUGAUAAAAGACAUUUAUCCUACCUACGGAGGUCAUUACCUACCUCAGUCAAAAUCGAUAUCUAUUAUAAUUCCUGAAAACACAGAACCCAACACAUGUUUUGAACUUCCCAUGGCCUUUGAUGAGGAUUCUAGUAGGUUCAACGUUCAAGACUACCGAUUGGAAGCAUCAAAGAAAAACGAACGAACACUAGCUGAGACUAUACGCGACGCGUUCGCAAUCAGGUUGGGGAGCUGUGAUGCUGACUUUCAUGCUAUUUAUGAGGCCACAGGUAAAUCGGACAUGACCAAUCUGAGACCAUAUUUACAGCUCCGUCAGCGGCUAGACAGAGAAACAAUCGCCAAAUACCACUUGAAAAUGGUAGUGACAGAUGGGAUAGGCUCGGAUGGUCUGAAUGCUCAGUUUGACAAGCGCGUAAAUCUACUGCCUCACACCGUUAGUCUCUCGAUUACCGUCAUCGUCGAAGACGUCAACGAUCAUGCACCUGAAGUUGAGUCUAAAGUCAAUAUAAAAUUGAAAGAGGAUACGCCAGUUGGAACUAGAGUUACGCAGAUCAUCGCUCGGGACAAAGAUGCUGGAGACAACGCCAAAAUUCGUUAUGAGAUUCGGCCACUUGGAGCGUCUAAGUCAUUCCGUUUCCCAUUCUCCAUUGAUCCUAGCAGUGGAAUCAUAUCAGUAAUCAAUCCCCUAGACGCCGACACAUUGCCACAGGAGUCCCAAGGUGUAAUGACGUUUUUAGUCAUUUCCUCAGACGCCGGACAGGAUGUGUCACUUUCCAGUACCACUACCGUGAACGCACAAAUUGACGACAUAAAUGACGAGAUACCCGUAAUUAGGACAGUUGAUUUGGCAAGUAGAAGCGACCCUCCUAGGCCCACAGUUCAGGAAAAUCUCCCACCCGGCACACUUGUUGCCUUUGUUACGGUCACUGAUGCGGACUCAGGAGUCAACGGAAUGGUCUCAUGCCAUGUGGACAAUCCGAAAUUCGCCCUUGAAUUGAUAAGCGACAAAAAUGCACGGAAAAAAGAACUUCAGCUUGUUACAAAAUCUGUCCUUGACCGUGAACUCUCACCGGUACAGCCAGUUACCAUAAUCUGUGUGGAUCAUGCCCAUCCUGUGGCCUUCGCCAAAACAGGAAUUCAAAGGUUUCUUGUUAGCAUUGCUGACGAGAAUGACAACAAUCCAACUUUUCCAAAUGAUAUCUUUGAGAUUUCUGUAUACGAAAAUAACCCUUCUGGGGAACUUUUGCUCUGCCUUAACGCAACAGAUGCCGACGAGUUGGUUUCAUGGAAUUCCGUUCCAAAAUUGUCGCCACUAGUUUAUGAAAUGGGGAAGUCAGGACAGGAUUUUUUUAGGCUGGAUUCAAUGACUGGCAAUAUUUACACAAAGGAAUCUUUCGACAGAGAGAAACAAGCACUAUUUGAAUUUGACGUCUUUGUGCAUGACCAUGGAAAGCCUAAACGAAGUGCCAGUGCAAGAGUGAUGGUUCGAAUUCUAGAUAGGAAUGAUCAUGCUCCGGAGUUCGAACAGAAAGUCUACAAUGUAAGCGUGUUAGAAUCAGUCCCUAUUGGUGAAGUUAUUCUGAAAGUAACUGCUCAUGAUAAGGACGAGGGGCCCAACGCGGAAUUUACGUAUCAUCUUGAAGAUCUAAGGGGUUCCGCUCAAAAGCAUUUCCGACUAGAUUCCCAUUUAGGGAAUUUAACACUCCUGACUGAAUUGGAUCGUGAAGUUGAACCAUACUAUACCUUUCAGAUCUACGCUGUAGACAAAGGGACGCCCCGACAAACGUCAUACUGCAGAAUCAACGUCCAGGUCCUGGAUGUUAACGAUAAUCCACCGAAGUUCGUUUACCCAACUCAAUUAAAUCACACCAUUGAUUUUACUUCGUGGGACUCUCCGGGAAGCCCGCUUAUCAAGUUGACGGCUACGGACAAAGAUACGGGCGUGAAUGCAGAGAAAAUUUUCCUAAUUGCUGAAGGCAAUGAAAUAGGUAUAUUUCAGCUGGAUCUGCAAUCUGGAGACUUAAGCUUGAAACCUGGUCUUGAUCCUUUAAAGGUGGCGGGUCGCUACAAUCUUAAACUGGAGGUGCGCGAUGAUGGAUCUCCAUCUUUGUCGGGAUUCACCUACAUCACGGUGAUUCUACACGCCACCCGAUCUCCUCCCACUACUUCGACUCUUUCACCACGUAGUGUACUUGUGGACCGAAAUCCGCGAAACCCCCAAAAAGGUUCUCUCAAGUCUGAUCGCGAGACCAAGGACCCCCUUUUGUCAUAUGCAAAUUCUCCUAACAAAUCUCCGGAGUCUCAACAUGACUGGGAAGAUCGGGAUGAAGGCAACUUUGGAAGCGAGCACACAUUGAUUUUAAUUAUAUGCCUUUCAGCUAUCGCAACAAUGCUGGUUUUCAUCCUGUUUAUAAUACUUGCAUGGAUGCGACGGAGGAGUCUUCUAAUAGCCGCACGAGGCGGAGCGCAGCCCCAAGUGCGAGGGUGUACAACCCCGAAGAUCGGGCUGGUGCGAGAGAGAACGAAGACUGUGAUAGUUGAGGGGGCUCCAAGGAGCUCUACAAUGAGUUCGCCCAUAAUUUGGACUGAUGGAGGGAUUGACGGGUCAUCAGUAACUGCCAAAAUGACAAGGACGGCCUCUCCUGUGUACUGGCAAAAGAUGACGACAGGUCUUAAGGGAAUGCAUGGAGGGAGGAACGAUACACAGCAAGUAAACAACUGUCUCUAUGCAGCUUCACUGGGACGAAAACUGGUUUAUCACAAUUCCACAGAGGGCACAACACCUGUAAUCACUUGUAAUAUGAGUGGCAACACUUAUCUCUCGGUUCCUGCGACAAAUUACGGUGGUCGUAACACCAAACACCUGGAUGAUUUCCCAAUGAGCCCCGUAUACCAGUCCUUAAUUCGGUCAGCGCACUUAACUGACCCUCAGCCUCUCCAGUCCACCCCUGACGCCGCGGCGUACCGCAGCGUCUGCGGUAGCCUUCCACGUCCCCCAACACAAGCCUCGAACACCAUUGCCACCACAGACUCUUCUAUCAAGAAUCCUUUGCAGAGGGACUCCGACUCAUCUGGUGUCCCCCACCGGCCCCACAAAAUUCAUAUUCGGAGAUGGGAGACGGCCCCCAGAGAAGUUCCUAUCAGUGGAGCAGGCGGUGGUGAAAGUGAGAUUUCCUCUUUCUCGACAAAAAAAUCAGUUGAAGUUGUUCAAAGAAAGGAAGAUGAUCGUCUUACGUUGCUACCAGGCAACGAUCAGGAAAAACACCAACAAUCAACAGCAGCCUUUAACCGCCUCCCCUCGUCUUUUGUAUAA